AUGGCAUCAACAUCUGCAAAGCGUUUGCAAAAGGAGAUCACUGAUAUAAUCAAGGCACCACCAACAUGGUGUUCAGCCGCUGUAGUCGGUGACAACCUUCACAAGUGGAAGGCAACUGUCUUGGGACCAGAGGGAUCACCUUUUGAGAAGGGUACAUUUGAGAUCGAGCUGGAUAUACCUCACGAAUACCCAUUCAAGCCACCAACCUUGAAAUUCACUACAAAGAUAUACCAUCCAAAUAUCAAGUCUGACGGUACAGUUUGCUCUGAACUGCUUUCACAGAGCUGGUCGCCACAGUUGAAGAUCCAAGAUGUUCUCUUGACAAUUAGAACUCUUUUGAUUGAACCAAACCCAGAUAACCCUCUGGAGGUAGAUAUCGCUCAGCAAUUCAAGACCGACCGCAAUGCAUUCAACAAACAAGCCAAGGAGUGGACAAAGAAAUACGCCAAGUAA